AAUGAAAUUUUUAUUUUGUUUCACUGCUAUUGCAUUGAUUUACGAUUAAUUAAAAAUAUAUAUUGAUGUAUAGGCAGUGGAAGGAAAAUCCAUCAUGGUCGAUACAAUGGUACAGCAGUAUGGUUCAUUUACUGAACAAGAAGGAGCUGGAGCACAAGAGUUUGAUAGUGGAAGUGGUAAGUUGUGCUUUAUUAAAAAGAGCUUGCAAUACGCGAGUUGUGUAAUUGACAAUAAACUUGCAGCAAUUGAAACAUCAACCACAACAUCAGCAACAGAAGAAGAGGCAGCACCAUUCCAGCCCAGUACAAGUUCUGGUACAAAACGUAAAGCAGAUCGACCAAGAACCAAAGAAAAACGACGUAAAGAGGGAGAAGGAUGGAGUGAAUUCAUCGAUGCAUACAAAGAAGAAUGUGCCAAGGACCGGAAAUCAAGAGAAAUGAUGGUACAGAGUAUGAAUGAUGCAUUAAGUCGAGCCAUAAAUGUACUGGUUUCUAAUCAGGAGCCCGCAAUUGUUUUGUAGCGGCCCGUCGUAAUAUUACGUCACACGAAUUCUUUUGUCCCCAAUAUUGACCCAAAUGUUUGACGUCGCGUGCUAACUUUCCCACAACGCGGCGGAUGCACCCUGCCGUUAACCGAGUUAGCGCCGAUGCUCCCAAUUGUGUCCUUUUUAUUGUAAUCUCGUUAUCGCAAUUUAUCACGCCGAUUCGUCUGACACCCGAAAUUCAUUUUUCCCUUCAAACCAUUCCCCGACUGCUAUAUAUACCGUUGUGUGAUCAUCAAGAAAAAAAAUAAGAAACGAACUAAGAGAAACGAGAACUAAACGAGACAAUAUCGAGAGAACGAAAUACUAACAAUAAGAACGAUUAUAAGAAUAAAAGAGAAAUACAGUUACUGUAACUGAGGGUACAGAACCGUAUGAUUUCUUGCCAGCCGAAACCCUAGAUAACCCAGACUAGGAAACGGCAAACGACAACUCCUAGAUAACCUAGACUAGGACGUAGCUUUAGACACCCACGAGCGCACGAAGUCACUGCAGAUCACCUGCAAUCAGCUCAUAAACAAUAUACCAACAACGGGUGUCUAAA